UGAUUUUUCUGUUUUUGGGGACAGCGGAGUCGUCGGGUAGGUUGGACAUUGAACCGUGACAGGUGCGUAAGCGUAUGUAUCAGCUCCGCCUGCUGCCCUCUGGUAAAACUCACUUGUAGUAGUCUACCCAAUUCCACCUUCCCCAACCAUGGCAGCAGCAGCUGCUGCGUCUACUUCUUCCAAUGCCUAUGCUCUCCAUUGGCUUCUUCGACCUUCACCUCCCAAGGCUGCUUCUAUCGCCUUCCCCCCUUUUCCCACUUCUUCUUCUUCUUCUUCUUCUUUUUUCGCUUUGCCCGCGCGCCGACCCUUCUGUUCCUUUCGCACGAUUUCAACCCCAGUCAUGGCCAUGGCAAGGAGCGGUGUCUCUAGUGGAAACCCAGCUCAGAAUCAGAGUAAGAAGGCGACCGCAAACCCUAGCAAAGAAGACACAGCUUCUUCUCCGUCUGUAAAAGAUAAAAGAGCGGAAGAAGAAGAGGAGAUGGAAGAAGUAGAGGAGGAAAUGCCGUGGAUUCAGGAGAAAGCUCUCGACGUGGUCGAGUUCACGGGCUCCGUCACGCAGGCCAUCCCUGGUCCCAGAGUCGGUCGCAGCUCCUUGCCUUGGAUUCUCGCCAUUCCCUUGGCUUAUGCUGGAAUCACCUUUGUCAUUGCUUUUGUCAAGACUGUCAGGAAGUUCAAUUCCCCCCGAGAGAAGCGGAGAAAACUGGUAAAUAAAAAUGCCUUGCUAUGCAAAUCAAUAGAUGAAUUAUUUGAGAAAGGAGGAGAUGAAGUGCAGCACUCAGCUCUAAAGCAGCUUAUGCAAAAGACAGACUUUAGCGUGGAAGAGAUUUUGCGCAAAUACAUUCGGUAUGCAUUGAAUGAAAAACCCUUCAAUCCAGUGAUGGUUGCGAACUUAAUCCUGCUCAGGAAAGCUUCUAUGUUGGAUGAUUCACAGGUUGCUGAAAUUUUAAAUGAAAUCUCAAGGCGGAUUGUGCAGGAUAAAGGCCCAGUUGUCAUGGAUAUGUCUGGAUAUUCAGAAAAGGGUUUCAAGAGGAAACUAGCUGUGCAAACCCUCUUCGGGAAGGUGUUUUAUCUGUCUGAGCUUCCAGAGUUUUGUUCAAGGGAUAGCUCCUUAAUCGUCAAAGAGAUAUUUGGGGUUGCAGAUGAGGAUGCUGAAAAACUCCGCAUACCAACUCUCUCUGAAGCUGGGGACAUGGAUGCCCUUCAAAAGAUGAUUGACAGUUCUGACACAGAAGAAUCAAAUGAGAGCUGAUUCACUCCACUCAGUGUUCCUAUUGCUAAUAAAUGUUUUUGGAAAAAUGCUGGGGAAUUUCCCCAACCAUGAAUGGUGCUGAACAUGUCUAUUCUAUGAUCCAUGCUUUAGCAAUUUUCCUUUGGAUCAUAGAGACAGAUAUUGGGAGGUCAUCAGUUCAUUGUUUUCUUUUGAGUUUGGGGGAAGAGAUUUGUGAUAGGACAUUGGCGGAGAUGCAUGGGCUGUUCGAUGUGGUCUGAUGAGCAGAGGUGGAAAACAAUAUGUUUUAUAUUUUGAGGGUAGGUUCUUUUGUCAGGCUUCAUGUUCAUUUUUGUAAAAUGCUGUGAUUGUCAUUGGAAGUAACAUCUGUUGGCAGUGGAGGUGGAGUUGGGUUUGCAAAGAGCCUUAGAUGCUUCUUUGAAAUAUCUGGAACAAUAAUUAUACAA